CUGCACUGCAGAACUGUACUGUACAUGUCAAGUACACAGGGAACUCAGGGAAACUAGAUAAAGAGUUAGUUGUACAAGCAGUAGCUCAAUAUAUGCAGAGCGACCUACCAGAGAUUGACAAGAAAGUUGGAGAAUUUAGAAAGCCUGGUUGGAACAAGUUGACCCUAUUUCUACCUCUCCUAUUCAAUGUACUGUACAUGUGCUUGUACACUAGCUUAACGCGGCAAACUAUUCUGACGCAAGUUCUCUUGUUGUUAAGUUGUUUCAUCUUCUUCAGAACACAAAACCUCCUUCAACGCUUCCAGGUCUGGAGUAAGAUACUGACCAGGUUCAACUCCGGGUUGAAGACGGACCAGUAUGAAAAACUGUACUCGGAGAAAACCAAAAUAGAACUGGUUGCAAUAUUUGUUUUUAUAGCAAGUUUUUUCCUCUGCGAUUCUGGCUGUGAUUUAAUAUUGUUCUGUGCGGCUAGCAUCCUUAGUAUUUUAUUAGUUGUAUACGAGAAGAGACUAGGACUACUCUACCUAUCUAUCUAUAUCGCUAUAUUGACUGGAAACCAGAGUAUUAGUGAGAAUAUUACAGUAUCAGAUCCUAAAAGUUUAUUGUUCUGUUCUCGAGUACUGGCUGGGGCUGUAGUUUUAAUAUCAACAGGUUUCAACGGUCUAAUUUCUUUGGUUUGGUUGAAUUUAUCCUACAUCGCUCACUUAGAAUCUAACCUGGAGAAAUCUCCAUCCUCUUCGUCCCGAAUCAUCAGUGUUGAAAGAUACCUGGAUCUAAACCUAGUUCUAAUCCUAGGGUUUAUCUACCUUCUCUAUCUAGCAUUCAAAACAAGGAAAGGAAGAUUGAUUUUGCUCUGUCUUUUAUUUCUGAAACUUGGUUCAGUGCAACAUCAUGAUCGAGAACAGUCCAGAGCUGUAUCAGAGCUAACAUGGUUGCAGUAUGAACAAAACUGUCUUCAGUCGUCUUCAAUCAGUACUACAGCAACAUGCGAGCACUACAGCGGGCUGUUGGUUGGAUGGAGGGGAGAAGUUGAAGCUGUUGUGAUCCACAGCAGACACAACAUCAUUCAACAGCUUGUAAAUCUAUUACCUAGGGUCGUUUUAGAAAAUAUACCAAUGACUUGCUGGUUUGGUGACAAGUAUAAAAACUGUACUCAGAAACCUACACAAACUGCAAGGGAUCUGUGCAAGUAUAAAUCUACUUCCUCUGACCCUGUCCAGCUUUGCCAUCUAGAAGCAUACUCCAGAUACGAGUACAUGAUAACUCUAAGGAUGGAGAAGGGGUUGUUCUCCAGGUCUACCCCUCUACAGGUGAUGGUUCAGCAUCCUCUAGGAGCUAGUGUUCAAGGACUCAAACCCGGGGACCAACUUCACUUUGUUGGAAGGUUACAAGGAGUCAUUGCAGGCAAUGGUCCUAGAGUUAGUUUAAUUUCCAUACUCGAGAAAUAGUUUAUGAUUUUAAAAAAAUAUUCUACCUUCAUCCUAUCCUACAUCCUAUCCUACCUCUAUCCUAUCCUACCUUCAUCCUAUCCUACCUUUAUCCAAUCCUACCUUCCUACCUCCAUCUAAUCAUACCUCCAUUCUAUCAUACCGAAAAUAAAUUGUAAGUUUGCAAAAAUAUAGAAAAUUGUAAAGAUGCAUAAAACAUAAUUUCUAGCUCACAUCUGUAGUAAUAUCAAUAAACUCUAAAUUAUUAAUUUAUUUGUAAAAUUAACUAGAACAUAAAAUGACAAUAAAUUGUAGAUUCUUCUAAUAAAUCAAAGAAGAAAAAAUAA